AAAAACUUAAGAUUUUCUUCAAAUGAAAAAAGGAAAGAAAAAAAUGCCUGAAGUAAACCCAACUGAAGUUGAAAGAGAAUUACCAACUGAAAAUGAAAUUCUCUUACAAUCUGAAUUAAAAAAACUUACUGAAGAUUUGUCACAGAUGAAAAUUAUUGUUGAAAAAGCCCACCAAGAAAAUGAAUUCCUUCAAAAAGAAGCCAAUACUGUCAAACUGGAAACGCAUGAGUACAUGAAGUAUAUAGCCAAUAAGAAGCAGAAACGACAAAAAGAUAUCAUAACUUUAAGUGACUGGUAUGCUGAGCAAAUCACGCAAAUAAAAGAAAGAAAAGAUGAGAAGCUACGUGUUUAUGAACAUACAAAACAAAAAUUGAGAGAAGUUAUCUUAAGAAAAGAAGCAGAAUUGGUGGAGAUUAAAAAUGAAGUAGAAGAUUUGACUGAGUAUAAGAUAUUGCAGCAGCAACAAAAUUUAAAAAUUAAUGCACUUGAAAAACAAGUUAACGAGCUUCGUAUCAAGCACAACGAAUCUGUUCAAAACUUACAAUCUAAGUUUUUAGAAGAAAACAUAAAAUUUGAGAAGGAGUCUAAAGAUGAAUUAAAAAGACUAACUAAAGAAGCUAAAAAGGAAGUGCAUUUAUGUCUCCAUAACCACUCGAUGCAAAUAAAAAGAGAGAAUUGUGCCCUUAGAAAAGAAUUGAUUGAUCUCAUUGAAAAGAAUUCCUACUUACAUCAACAAAAAGUUCGACUUGAAGAAGAAAAAAAGUUUCUUACAAGAGAAAAGGAGACCAAUGCGAAAUUGGAAAGUUUGAAGUUAGCUCGUUUUAAUGCUACGGAAAAAUUAUUCAAUCAUCAAUCAUCGUGAUUAAUAACUGUCGUUAUCUGGUUAUUUAAGUUUCUAUGUUAUUUAACUUUUUUAAAAAUAUAUAUUAUGGUGACAUAAUAAAA